GCAGAGUUUCUGUUGACAGGUCUAACGUCUCUUAAUCAAAAUGCCCUUGUUUGAGGGGUUGGGGAGUGGAGGGGAGAAGACCGCUGUCGUUUUAGAUUUGGGAGCAGCAUACACAAAAUGUGGCUUUGCUGGCGAGACUGGCCCCAGGUUUAUCAUACCCAGUGAGAUCCAGCGUCCCAACCUCCAACAGCCUAUCAAAGUUGUACAGUACAACAUCAACACAGAGGAGCUCUACAGCAACCUGAAGGAGUUUAUUCACAUACUGUACUUCAGACAUCUGCUGGUAAACCCUCGAGACAGGAGAGUAGUAAUCAUUGAGUCCAUCCUCUGCCCCUCACACUUUAGAGAGACUCUCGCCAAGGUCUUCUUCAAACACUUUGAGGUUCCAUCGGUUCUGUUUGCUCCCUGUCACCUGAUGUCUGUCAUGACGUUGGGCAUUAAUUCAGCCUUAGUUAUGGACUGUGGCUAUACAGAGACACUGGUGUUACCUGUGUAUGAGGGAAUCCCCAUCCUGUCUGCUUGGGAAGCACUUCCAUUGGGUGGAAAGGCCAUUCACAAGGAGUUGGCAGGUUUUCUCACAGACCAGUGUACUGUGGACACAGACUCAGGCACUGGGCAGAAUGUAUCUGCUGUCAUCGGCUCCAUUCCAGAGGACGUUGUUGAAGAUAUCAAAGUGAGGACUUGCUUUGUCAGUGACCUGCAGAGAGGUCUGAAGAUCCAAGAAGCAAAGUUUAACCUGGAGGGAACUGCUGAGCGUCCUGCCCCACCCCCUGAUGUUGAUUACCCAUUGGAUGGAGAAAAGAUUCUGCAUAUCAAGGGUCCAAUCAGAGACUCUGUGAUUGAGAUGUUGUUUGAGCAGGACAAUGAGGAGAAGUCAAUAGCAACUUUAGUGCUAGAUACUCUAGUCAAGUGCCCCAUCGAUGCUCGUAAGACCCUCUCAGAGAACUUGGUGAUAAUUGGUGGUACGGCGAUGCUGCCUGGUUUCCUGCACCGGUUGCUGGCUGAGAUCCGGCUGCUGGUGGAGAAGCCAAAGUACCGCGAUGCUCUUGCAACCAAGAGCUUCCGUAUCCACAGCCCACCGGCCAAACCCAACUGCACCGCCUGGCUCGGGGGAGCCAUAUUCGGAGCUCUGCAGGACAUCCUGGGCAGUCGCUCCGUGUCCAGAGACCUGUACAAUCAGACGGGCCGAAUCCCAGACUGGUGCUCCCUCAGUGCUCCUCCACUCGAGUCUCUGUACGAUACAGGGAAGACUCCUCCCCCGCUGAUGAAAAGAGCUUUUUCUACAGAGAAAUAAAGCCUUGACACUCCUGCUUUCGUACUCACAGUCCUCCCUAGUUAUAACACCUCCUUCCCCUAGAACUGAACACCCAUGUCUGAGAUGCACUCUGUUCAUCGUCAGAGUUUACUCUCUUGUCUAAUACAGAUGUAAACUCGCGUACUGCUCUCCUUCACACUUAAAUAAAUGCUUAGUUUGUCUCUACUACCAGGGUGCCGUCACCCUCAGAAAGAACCAGGGAGAUUUGAACUCUCAUAUUCUAGAACAUGGCAUAUGCCAGUUUAAUAGAGGAAACAUGAGUAGAUUUUAAAGUUUAUGGAUGCUGGAUACAAAUCCAGUAUGCCUGGCAAGCAUCUAAUGUUUGAGGUUUUGAUUUUUGCUGUACAGGUUUACACAUUAAUUCCAUGGUAUUUGAGACUUGUUUUCUGAGACAUCAUCGUUGUUGGGAAAUAUGUAGGUCAGCCACAAAAGUACGUAAUUAUCUGGCAUUUCAAUGUUGCUUUUUCAUUUUAUGUAUGCAGACAAUUCUGCAUGGCCAUCAUAGUAUAGUGCAAUAUCUGAUUCAGAUUCAUUGUAGUCAAGUGCAGGAGUUUGACCAGCUUUUAUUUAUUUACAUAAAAAGACAGAGACAUUGGAAAGAUCUGCUAUUGUCUGAAACAUUUAUGGAUGUUUUCCUCGUGUUAUUAAGUAAACAUUCCCAAAAGUGUUGAACAGCUGUGGUGUCU